AUGUCUGUUCAUUUGACAGCUUUGCUGCCUUGUUUAACAAAUGUUAAUAUCACUGUACUCAACAAAUUUACUUUUAUUGUUGAAGAUUCAGCCUCAAACUCUCUGAGUAACAAGAAGAAACUUCAUAAGAAGAAGAAAGAGAUCCCCUUUUUUAUGCCAUUAGGACGUGGGCAACCCCUCCCUCCAAGACUACAACAACAGGGGGAGAGAGCCUCCUACCCAAGAGGAGCCAGUAGGACCCCCCCACCACGCUUUGGCAGCAACUGUGGUCUCUUCAACUCCAGUGGACGUCCCAUCAACAAGCAGUGGAACAGUUCAGACAACCUUAAAUAUGUCAAACCUCGCCAUGGUGAUGACCGUUUUCUCCCAUUUCGGGAUGUUGUGCCGCCAUCUUGUACUUUCUUUCCGCCCACAACUCCAGAAGGACUGGAGGUUCCGUGGUUUAGAUUGCCAGUUCAGCAUCGCCAUCAAAUGCAGGACCUAGAGAAGAAAGCAAUGGAAGAGUCUGCUGCUCUAUAUGAGCUACAGGAGCGGGACCCCAAUGCCUUCCCUGCUCUGCCAAGUGUCCAUGACCGUAAUGGAAGUGGUCCGUGCUCUUUCUGGAACCAAGACAAAGGUCACCAAGGUCACCAUGAUGGCAGUGGACAAGCAGAUGACUCAGCUUUUCUGUCUCAUGAUAUGACUGGAGGGGCAUCAGGAGUGGAGAGUACAGCAGACAGUGGUGUGGGCUGCCGAGCAG